GCCUUUCGUGACAAAAAUGGAAGAGUGUUUAUGGACUUAUGGAAUCUAGAGACUCGGAUCCAAAAUCUUUGGGCCUUUACAUGGCUAAAUCCUUAAACAAAUAUGGUAUUCUUUACUGCCACAUGGUUGAGCCAAGAAUGAAGACAGUUGGAGAAAUAUGUGACUGUCCCCAUAGUCUUGUGCCAAUGAGAAAGGCUUUUAAGGGUAACUUUUUUGUUGCUGGGGGUUAUGACAGGGAAGAUGGGAACAGAGCUAUUGCAGAAAACCAUACAGAUCUUGUUGUUUAUGGUCGUCUGUUUUUAGCCAAUCCAGAUUUGCCUAAGAGAUUUAAGCUCAAUGCUCCUCUCAACAAGUACAACAGAGACACAUUCUACAUAUCUGACCCUGUCCUUGGAUACACUGAUUAUCCAUUCCUUGAAGACAUUGUUAGGUUUUCAAGGAGAAGAGUGAAAAUAUAUUGUCCAAAAACAUUGCCCUAUGUAAUUUCUUUCUUGUUUUUCGUGUUUUCAUUGUACUGUACAAGUGCAACAAAAAAAUUUGAUAGAUCUAAAUAAUUUUGAAGUGGUUA